CGAAGAAUUUAAACCGCCGGUCGGUUACUUCAUUGGGCGGGCACCUACCAAUCCAGUUCUUGUGUUGUUCUCUUUGCUGUACCAUCAAACUCUAUUUCAUUCAAGAUUAUUUCACGUAAUUUAAAUAUGAAAGGCUUCAUCCUGGUAGUAUGCGUUUACUGGGUCCAUCAAGUAGGCGCACAACACCCCAUUCAAGAGUUUUACACUUCUUUGCCUCAAACAUAUAUCCCUCAAAGUUAUUCAUUUCCUACAACUUUUCCUAAUGUUAUACCGUACAAUUUUUAUCAGCCCCCAUUGUUGGCUUACGAUAUUCCACAACAAAUUAGUAGUCUUCAAAAUAUAGUCAAAUUAAAUGGAAAUGAAGCUGAUCAUUCGAAUCUAAGUGAUUCUGUACCUCAUUUUACUAGAAAUGAAGUAAAUUUAAACUUAGUUGAGAAGACUUUUCAGUUACCAAAAUCUUUAUCAAUUCCCACUGAUACAUAUAGAGGCUAUGGGUAUCAUACGAAAUUUGAUGAUGGUGCUAGUUCUGCUGUAGUAUUUUUCAGCGGUCCUCCAUUACUUCAAGAAAGCCCCCAGAAUUCUAAAGAAUAUAUAACUGUAGCUUCAGAUAGCAUAAGUUCAGAAGUUCCUCAAAUAGAACAAAGACUGAACGGCAUUUUAAAUGAUCCAACAGAAAAUAACCACAAAAAACAAGGAGAUAUUUAUUCUUCUUUAGCUCCACUAAUAAAAUCACUCAUAGAAAAUCCUCAGCCAUUAUCUAACGUAUUUCGUUUUUACGCAGAACCUCGAAUAACUGAUACUAAACAAUCAAGAAGUCUAAAUUUAGAAACCACCACGACAAAAAACAAUACAAUUAUGAUAAAGGCAGGAACUACGGAAUCUACAACUAUUCAGUCGAAUAUUGAAUUAGAAAACUCAACUACUGUAGCUUCUUCAUUAUCAACAUCCACUUCUGACUCAGUCCAAACGACAACAUUUGGAAAUACAACUGUAAAGAAAUAACAGGAACUAAAUCUAACUAACAUUUUAUAAAAUUUGUUUAUUAAAAUCUAUAAAAUUCAA